AUCUAUUUUACCGCUAAACAAGCACGCUCGUUGGCGCUUAAUGUUUACCUACUCGACAUAAUAAGAAAAGUUUUUUAAAACAGCAUCGAUGUGUGUCACCGGUUCACAAAAUAUUCAGUCAGCGGUAACGGCAAGGUUUAGCGUAUUACUACUUACUAGUCUGUAAGGUGAUUUCGUUGGCAACCGACGCAGCAGCAAGUACGCGCUUUGGAGCGCAGCGUUUGCGCCUAUAAAUGGCGCAAAAAUUGUUAUUUUAAGAGCUCGAAGAAAAAUGUUUAAGUAAUAUUUACUGUGAUAUAAAAUAAAUCGGUACCAAAGUUCUAUGUAUCCGUGAGGAAUCCAGCUACUACAUCUAGUUUUCAUUCGAGUGAAAGGAUCAGUCGAAAGAAACGUCUUCAUCGUGUUUAUGUAAAUUCAAAUAGGAGUAAGCAAGAAGAUAAGCAUAAAGAAAUCAACUAAUCUUCAAAAUGGACAAAAUUAAAAGUACGAGUUGGGCAGAAGGAGAGUUCGAAGCAACGGAAGACCCGAAUAUAUCGAUCGUAGCCGAAGAAGUCCCGACUCUCACCGUGGCCACUAUUCUUGGAGUCGCUAUUGUUAUCCUCAUAGCUAUUGUUGUAGUUUUCGCACUAGGAGUCCUCGUUGAUUGGCGUCAGCAGCGGUUACUUAAUAAGAAGAUAGGCGAAGUUAAAAGAAUGAAAAAUCAUAAAAGGACAAAUACAUACACCGAAUCUGAUGUGGUCAGCAUAGCGACAAACAUGGAGGAAGCAAGUAUGAGCACGCCGCCUGCUGACGCUCUGAGAAAUAUACCAUAGCUGUAACUAUUUUAGCAAUUUAAUAAUCUAUUAUAUAAUUAUUAUAUUCAUAAAAUAUUUUGAUCAAUUAUUUAAUCUCAACUAAAGUAUAUCAUUGAUACAUAAAUCAAUCAAUUAAUUGCUUAUUUUAUUUGAACUUCGACUAUGUUAAUCAUUGAUUUUAUCAGGCUUCAUGCGUAAACAUUACCUAGGUAUUAAGGUGAAAUUCAAAGACAGCUUAUUAUCAUUAUAUAUUUCAAGAAUUGUUUAUGACGUUUAGAUAAAAAAAUACAUAUACGUUUUUAUAAAUAACAAAAGUAAUAAUGAAAAUAUGGUUUAAAGGGAAUAAAAUGUGUGUAACAAUUAGAUGUCUACAACCUCAGAAGUUAGUAAAAUAAAUAUAUUUUUUGUUUUUGUUAUAUUCUCAGUGUAUGUAGUUAUGCUUUUCCCUGAUAUUACUAAAUAUAAAAAAAAACACGAUGACUGUAGUAUGUAUAAACUGAAUACCUGCCUAGAAAAUUUAACAAUUUCAAAGGUAUAAUGUUAUAUAGGUAUAUGUUAUGUUUUAUACUGUUGUAUUCCCAUUAUAUAAUAUAUCACUAUACUCGUAUAACAUAACAUUACUACUUAAAAUUUCAUUCGCUUUAAUAUACUCGUAUAUUCUUUGUACAAUACCAUUAAUUUUAAUAGUAUAAAAAGUAUAUCUGAUAUUUCUCUUUAUAACUUCUAUUAAAUAAAUUAAUAUUUUAAACGAACUGACGUGAAAAAAACUAUUCCUUUUUGUAAUUAACUUUAAAUCUACUCAUUAAAAGUACCUACCUAAGAAUAGAUAAACAUUAAAAAAUAUAUGUAUUUACAUGAUUUUUAAUCAAAACGAAAUAGGUUAAUAUAUUGUGAUACUAUUUAAAGUAGAAUUAUAUGUAAAUGUGUGUUUUUUUUUUGUAAGAAAUGUAAUAAUAUAUAAUUAUAUAAUAAAAUAAAAGUAUUUAGUC